GCCCUCAGGCGGCUGCCCAGCUGCAGCAUGAGCGCCCGCCGGGGGCUGCGGCUGCCGCGCCGCUCGCUGCUGGCUGCGCUCUUCUUCUUCUCGUUUUCGUCCUCGCUGCUGUACUUCGUCUAUGUAGCGCCUGGCAUAGUGAACACCUACCUCUUCAUGAUGCAAGCUCAAGGCAUUCUGAUCCGGGACAACAUGAGAACAAUCGGCGCCCAGGUGUAUGAGCAGGUGGUUCGCAGCGCUUACGCCAAGAGGAAUAGCAGUGUAAAUGACUCAGAUUAUCCUCUUGACUUGAAUCACAGUGAAACCUUCCUACAGACCACAACUUUCCUUCCCGAAGACUUCACCUAUUUUGCAAACCAUACCUGCCCUGAAAGGCUCCCUUCUAUGAAGGGCCCAAUAGACAUAAACAUGAGUGAAAUUGGAAUGGAUGACAUUCAUGAAAUCUUCUCCAAAGAUCCAGCCAUUAAGCUCGGAGGUCACUGGAAGCCCUCUGACUGCCUGCCUCGAUGGAAGGUGGCUAUCCUCAUCCCCUUCCGGAACCGCCAUGAGCACCUCCCAGUCCUGCUCAGACACCUGGUUCCUAUGCUUCAGCGCCAGCGCCUGCGGUUUGCAUUCUAUGUGAUCGAGCAAGUUGGCACUCAGCCCUUUAACCGAGCCAUGCUCUUCAACGUUGGUUUUCAAGAAGCAAUGAAGGACUUGGAUUGGGACUGUCUGAUUUUUCAUGAUGUGGAUCAUAUACCAGAAAGUGAUCGCAACUAUUAUGGAUGUGGACAGAUGCCAAGGCACUUUGCAACCAAACUGGAUAAGUAUAUGUAUCUGCUUCCUUAUACUGAGUUCUUUGGUGGAGUGAGCGGCUUAACGGUGGAACAGUUUCGGAAAAUCAAUGGCUUCCCUAAUGCUUUCUGGGGCUGGGGUGGAGAAGAUGAUGACCUCUGGAACAGAGUACAGAAUGCAGGCUAUUCUGUGAGCCGGCCAGAGGGCGACACAGGGAAGUACAAGUCCAUUCCUCAUCACCAUCGAGGAGAAGUCCAGUUUCUUGGGAGGUAUGCGCUGCUGAGGAAGUCAAAGGAACGGCAGGGGCUGGACGGUCUCAACAACUUGAACUACUUUGCAAACGUCACAUACGACGCCUUGUAUAAAAACAUAACUGUCAACUUGACACCUGAGCUGGCUCUGGUGACCGAGUACUGAGUCAAGGAGGGGAACAGACAUUCGCUUUACUCACC